AUGUACGGCAGCUAUGGGGUCUGCACUCCCGAGAACCAUGAACUUCUUGCUUGGCUAGCUCUCGCCGAAUCAAUGCGGACCGGAAGGCUCUCUCAAACCAGCGACACCUCUGUUUGGAAGGAGGAAGUGAAACAGGCCAUGUUCAAGAGAGGCGACUACAGCGUUGAAGGACUGAUCGGUGAAACGCCUGAACGAAGACUAGCAUCACUUGUCGGAAGUCUGUCCUUUCUUCGACAGUUCCUAUUAAAAGUGGAUUUCAUGGGCGUUGAAGCAACCAUCCCAUUGAAUGCAACUAUUGAAAAUUUCGCUGACUUGUCUUCCUGGAACUACAAUGCACUCUUCCUGAGUUUUCAAGCGUUGCAGGCGUGCAAACAAUUACCAGACGACCGGGUUGUGGUUAUCACACCAACUGACGAUGAUUCAAGCAAAAUCGACCUCCAACCCACUAUAUCUACGCUUUUCCUGUUACCCUGGAAUAACAUGUGGACAUGUGUGCUGUGGGACCACAAGAAGCCAGGAAACGAGUGCACCGUUGCGCCGAAUACAUCGAUUUCUCGAUCCGAUGAGCUCCAAGCAGCGAUCAAGGCGUACAUGGCGUAUAUGGCGUACAGAGCUCGAAAGAAGUUGGAAGAAAACGGUAUGGAAGUUGACGAAAACACCACGGAGAUUGAUGAGAACGCUAUGGACAUCGACGAGGACCAGCCCGAGGUACCGGAAGAAUUUCUGAAUGCGCUCAAAGGUAGUUCGCGUCAGGCAGCAGGCGGCCCGAAGGCGAUGUGCGAAGCCUGCCAGAUUUUCAAGUCUUCUCUCAAGUUUGACGAUGAAUGGAGUUUCGCCAUCUGGACUCUUGAACAGAUUGACAAGCGGUUUCCAAAUAAGCUGGACUUGAUCAUGUCCCCUCUCCCAUCAGAAGAACUGGAAAUAUUGAGAGGUUCCGAUACCGAGUAG